GAUAGCUAUACAGGUUUUUUGUUAUUGCACGAAUACAAUCUUUGAUGCAACGUCCGAUACCCGAGCCUACUCCCAUAGAUCCCAAUGCACCCAUUUCCCCACGACGCCGGUCCCGAUCUCGUCUUGAAUCUAUGCAACCCUUAAAGGAAGGUGAUCACUCCAUGUCGGGAUCUAGCAAACCCCACGAGUCCGGUACAGACACUAUCCAAACCGAUCAAAUAAGGGUGAUGACGAGAAACAUCGUACUCGAUCAACAUCUCGAAACCCACCUUCCAUACAAGACAUUAAAAACAACGUUGACAAAGAUGGACGCAAAACUCGAUCAAAACACGAUAAACGGCUCAAAGCUUUAUCAGCUACGAAGUUGUCUGAACCGCACUCAUUACGAACUGAACCCAUUGAUGAACCCGAUAAGACACGUAGAUCUAAAUCGGACAAGCCCGAAAGACAGAGACGGGGAUCUCUUCGGUCCGUUUCGCGUGAAGGUGGGAGGGGGAAAGGUUCUGACAAUGACGGGGAAGGAAUCAAAGAGGUCAAGAGAAGGCGGUCUGAAUCCGGUAAGAGUGCCGAAAAACAGAGACGCGGAUCUCUUCGGUCCGUUUCGCGUGAAGGUGGGAGAGUGAAGGGUUCUGAAAAUGAUGGAGAAGGAAUCAAAGAGGUCAAGAGAAGGCGGUCUGAAUCCGGUAAGAGUGCCGAAAAACAGAGACGCGGAUCUCUUCGGUCCGUUUCGCGUGAAGGUGGGAGAGUGAAGGGUUCUGAAAAUGAUGGAGAAGGAAUCAAAGAGGUUAAGCGGAGGCGGUCUGAAUCCGGCAAGAGUGUCGAGAGACAGAGAGGAUCUGAACGGUCUGUCUCGCGUGACGUGCGUGCGCGAGUGAGAAAGGAUUCUGAUGGUGAUGAGGCAGGGGUGAAGAGGAGGGGGUCCAAAUCGAGCGUUGAUGCACGACCCAACAUUCAAAAAAAGCACAAAAAGAAAAAGAGCAAGACACGAUCAAUAUCAGGGAGCACGACAGGAAUGGAUUCAAAACAACCCGCCACUAACCCAACGUCAAGCCAACCCAGCCCAUCACCGACACUCAUACCUUCCCAUCCACCCCCAUCCCCCCCAUCACGCCGGCCACCCAGUCGCAAAUCCCUCGCGACCCACUCAUGGCACUCCCUCGACGCCAUCGAACCCACCUACGUCCCCCUGAAAGGCUCACCCGCAACCUCCCGCGAAAACAUUUCACAACCCGCACAAACAAAACCCCAACGUUCCUUAUUCAGCUGGAGAUCAGUUGCGUCCAUGUGGCGAUUAGAAAAAACCGGUUCGACAGAGAAUCUCAUUGAGCAAACUCAACCACCGCCUCUUCCACAACCGAAACAGGAUACACCCCCAAAAAAGCGGAAAUCGAAAAAAUCCGCUGCGCAAUCUGAGCCUGAUACGCUUUUUUCGCAUCUCAGUCGUCCGUUAUCGGAUUUUGAACACUCUAUUGUCAAUAUACGCAUCCAUGGUGCUGAUCGGUUCAAACUAGAUGCACGGGUUGCUGCACCCUUGGUAAGAGUUCACAUUCUCGACGCACAAACAGGUAAAUACAUUCCCAAAUCCGAUCCAAACCGACCUGUCACGACUCGGCAUGAACCCGAUCAUGUUUCGUAUAUCCUCCCCGCCAUGACAAAGCCAUUCAGCUUCCCGCACCAUCAAACCACCGUACCCGCUUGGGAAGAAGAUCUCGUGUUCAACGAAGGCUAUCUCCACCUUCUUUCCGUUGAGAACGUCAUGGUGAUGUUUGAGGUACUGGAACUUGUCACCGGAAAAGCAGUGAUUAGGGGACAGUCAGAUGGGUACCGUCGCAUUGCGUGGGGGUUUCUCAAGUUAGUGAGCGCAGGAAAAAAGGCAAAUACAGAACAAAAAGCGCGAUUACAGCUUUACCAGUACCCACUCUUCCCACAUCCAUCCUCUCCUUCCGACCCGAUUCCUCUCGUCUACCGCUGCUUUCAAGCAAAGAAACGAAAGAAAUUUGAGUCGACAUUGUAUGUCACUGUAUCCGGUCGACAUCCCCUCCCACCUCGACACGUCACUGGACGUGCUAUUCUGCCAACGGAUGUGGAGGUUGGAAAGGAGAGCUUGGAACAGUUACUGCAUAUGUACCAUGCCAAAAGACAGAUUGGGGAAUCGGUUACUAGUCCUCUUGUUUCGACACCUACCCAGCAAAAGCACCCACAAUGGCGUCGGCGACAAGGACAACGGUGCAAACUCCCUAAUACCAUUCUCUACCGUAUUGACUCAGGAACAAAAGGAGCCUUUACCUGCUCGUUCUCGCAUAGUGGGCAGUACCUUGCUAUAGCCUGCAUGGAUGAGAGUGGAUACCCGAUCAAGGUUUACCGUGUCUUGACCGCGGAACGCGUGGCGGUCCUCACUGGGCAUGCUGAUUUGGUUUAUGAGGUGAAUUGGGCCCGAGAUGAUAGUGAGCUUGUCUCUGCAUCAUCGGACGGGUCGGUCCGCGUGUGGUCUUUUCCCCCCAGUGCUCCCUCCUUGAUUCUUCAUCAUCCGUCCUACGUUUACACAGCAACCUUUCAUCCAACAUAUGCCCACCAACACGCAUUCCACAGCCCAUCUCAUCCCACCGCUACAUCACCCAAUUCGCACACAAAUCGAAUAGCAACAGGAUGCUACGACACCCUCAUUCGCAUCUACUCUCUGCACCACACCCGUAAAUCGCACCUCGAUCCCCUCCCCACACAAAUCCUCCGUGGACACGAGAAGAACGUAAACAGCGUUGUCUUUGAUGCUUCCGGCCGGUUGUUUAGUGCGGAUGGGGAAGGUAUGAUUCGGGUUUGGAGUGAGGAGACUGGAGAGGGCGGGUUUGUUUGUGUGAAAAAAUAUGGAGGAUUUCAGGGCACACCCAUCACAACUCUCAAACUCCAUCCACACAAUCGAAGGAUCCUCGUACACCUCUCCACACACACCCUGCACACCCUCGACACCAGAGUCUACCGCAUCCUAACAACCUACACCGGCGCACCAACAACAACCACGCAUACAACCUUUAUCAGACCAACCUAUACACCCUGCGGCUCCUAUGUCCUGAGUGGGACGGAAGAUUCCCGGGUUAUGGUCUGGGAAACGGAUACAGGAAAAACAGUAAAAGUAUACGAGGUGGGUACCACUGUAGUGGAUGUCGGAUUUCAUCCAUGGGAGCACAUGGUGUGCUUUGUGAGUUUUGGAGAACGGACACCGGUUGGAGUGUGGAAGUGGGUUGAAGGGGAAGAUCAGGACCCCCUCUCUCAUCCUAUCGUCAAACCCGUCACAACCCGCCCACCAAAACACCCCACCCAAACACCUCUGGACGAAAAACUCGCAUCCCGUAAAAAACAAGUAUCAGCUCUCAUCUCCCUCGUCCGACAAUCCCUCCACGACCUCGUCCCACCUUCAAAUCCUUCCCCCGCACCAUCAACAUCCCCUUCCGACUCUUCUGAACGCCCCUUGAAUGACACGACGGAUAUUGGUAUCUCGCAGGGAUCUAUUAUUGGUGCUGUGCAUGAUGAGACUCUUGUGAGACGAAAGGAGAGGAGAAGAAAGGGGGAUGAGGGUAGUACGUUGCUGGGACACGCGGUUGAGGAGGAUGGAGUUUAUUCGAGAAGGGCUGGAAGUAAAAGCAGUAGGUCUCUGUCGUCACUGGUCAAUGUGUGAUAGGUUAUGGCAUACAUGUACAAAGAAAAGGA